GAGAGAGAGAGAGAGAGAGAGAAGUAGUCCUGUAUUGUCAGUUAGUCAUGGUAGUGUAGAACUGUGAGGUAACACACAAUGGCAAUGACUGAGCAAAUAGAGACUGGAGCAGGCUGUUCCUCCAAGUCAUUCAAGCUGUACUCUCCGAAGGAGCCCCCCAACGGCAGCUCCUUUCCCCCGUUCCACCCCGGCACCAUGCUGGACAGAGACCUGGGCCCAACCCCCAUGUACCACCCCUCAUACCUGGAGCCUGGAAUAGGGAGACACACACCAUACGGGAACCAGACAGACUACAGGAUAUUUGAGCUCAACAAACGGCUACAGAACUGGACAGAGGAAUGUGAUAAUCUGUGGUGGGAUGCAUUCACUACAGAGUUCUUUGAGGAUGAUGCCAUGUUGACCAUAACCUUCUGUCUGGAGGACGGGCCCAAGAGAUACACGAUUGGCCGGACGUUGAUCCCGCGGUACUUCCGGAGUAUAUUCGAGGGGGGCGCCACCGACCUCUACUACGUGUUGAAGCACCCCAAAGAGUCCUUCCACAACAACUUCGUUUCGCUGGACUGUGACCAGUGUACCAUGGUUACGCAGAACGGAAAACCCAUGUUCACACAGGUGUGUGUGGAGGGUCGUCUGUACCUGGAGUUCAUGUUUGACGACAUGAUGAGGAUCAAGACGUGGCACUUCAGCAUCCGACAGCACCGUGAACUGAUACCACGCAGUAUACUGGCCAUGCACGCCCAGGACCCCCAGAUGUUAGACCAGCUGUCUAAGAACAUCACCAGAUGUGGACUGUCAAACUCCACCCUCAACUACCUCCGACUGUGUGUGAUUCUGGAGCCCAUGCAGGAGCUGAUGUCCAGACACAAGACCUACAGCCAGCCCAGGGACUGUCUCAAGACCUGUCUCUUCCAGAAGUGGCAACGCAUGGUGGCCCCGCCAGCUGAACCAGCCAGACAGGCCCCUAAUAAGAGGAGGAAGCGUAAGAUGUCAGGCGGCAGCACCAUGAGUGCCGGAGGAGGAACCACCACCAACAACAACAAGAAGAAGAGUCCAGCUAGCAGCUUCCCCCUGUCCAGCCAAGUACCAGACGUUAUGGUGGUGGGAGAGCCCACCCUGAUGGGAGGGGAGUUCGGGGACGAGGACGAGCGCCUGAUCACGCGGCUGGAGAACCAACAGUUCGACGCGGCCAACGGCAUCGAUGACGAGGACAGCUUCAACAACAGCCCCGCGCUGGGCGCCAACUCUCCCUGGAACAACAAGGCCCCAUCCAGCCAGGAGAGCAAGAGUGACAACCCUACGUCUCAGGCCUCACAGUAGAGGAGGGGAGGGGCUUCCAUAGUCUUAAAGGGGUUUCCUCUCCUUGUGGGUGUGUGUCAAUUGUCUGUAGUGGCUUCCUGACUGUUCUUAUCUUUUCCUCUUAAAGGGGCAAUCCGCAGUUGAAAAAAUAACUUAGUGUCACCUCUACCUCCUGUUUUAGUAAAAAGCUGAGGGAAGGGCCUGGAGAAGGGUAACCACUCUAAAAUUCAUAGACCGCUAUGGGUACAAGGACUGACCAAGAUAUAACAAACAUAUAUAUGUAGUUUUAAGCAUGUUUUGAGGCUAUACAGUUUUGCAUUAGAUGGUUACAGAGUAAACCACGUUGAUACUGUGGCUUGGGACGGGGUGCGUCAGUUCAAUUAAGCCCCUGAGACAACAGGUACAUAUCAUUCAUUUAGAAGUCCAAAACAUGGCUGUAGGGACUACGGAUUGCCCCUUUUCUAAUAGGGAUUUUAUCUUGGCCUGUGGAGUAGACGGAGGAUCCCAUUGGUUGAUAAGAGGUUUCCUUUCCCUGUCUACCUUCCUACAUCAGUUCUGAUAUGAGAGCUUGGUAGGUGACAGGAAAUGACUGAGAGCUAUUACCUAUAGGGGCCUCCUCCAGACCUGGCUCUCCUAGCUGGUCUUUAAGGAGAGACCUGAGGAGAGGGAAGACGCUUGGGACAGUUGAGAUGCACCCAGGUAGGGGUGCAGGAAGGGUGGUGGGGUAGGGAGAGGGCGGGGGAGGGGGACACGAGGACAACUCACACAUCUACCUUCAGAAGAAUCAUGGUCACUAGAUAUGGAGUCUUAACUCUGGUCCACUAUGCUGCUGCACUGUGUGUGUGUGUGAAAGUGUGUGUGUGUGUGUGUGUGUGUGUGGCUGUGUGUGUGGCUGUGUGUGUGUGUGUGGCUGUUACUUGGUCAGAACUAAAGCCUGGACUGUGCCAAAGCUAGCGGACCGGAGUUGAGAUCCAAUCAGUUUAAAAUGCUUUCUCACACACACACACACACACACACACACACACACACACACACACACACACACACACACACACACACACACACACACACACACACACACCAUUGAAGGAGUACUGAUCCAACCUUUUAACAGAUAACAGAAAGCAUUUAAACAACAACAACAUUGUAGAGUUUUAUACCAGUCUCUAUUUCCCUAGAAUGGUUUCAUUUGAUUUUCUACUCCUGCAUUUCCAAUCUACUUUUUAUUUGUUCUUUUUUACUGACGAUAUUCAGAAGCUAACAGACCAAGGAGCCAGAAAACAGGACUGCUGUUAUUCUACCCCCCCCCCCCCCCCCC